GGGGGAGGGGGUGAAUUGUAUUGACUUCGCUUGAGUUGUUUGGUCCAUCGUCUUCCUCUCGUUCAACAAACAGAAAGAAAAGAAAAGAAAAGAAAAGAAAAAAAAAAAAAUGGCAGAGAGAAAAGAAAACGUAGUGAUGCUCCCAUUCAUGGCACAAGGACAUAUAAUCCCAUUCCUAGCCUUAGCCCUCCACAUAGAACGCCAAAAGGGUUACUCAAUAACCUUUGUGAACACCCCAUUCAACAUCAACAAGCUCAGAUCUUCUCUCCCUAAAAACUCUUCCAUUCGUCUCCUUGAAAUUCCCUUCUCUACCUCCCACCAUGGUCUCCCUCCGAACGCUGAAAACACCGAUGUUCUUCCCUAUCACCACGUUAUCCAUCUUCUCCAGGCUUCCACUUCUCUCAGAGCUCCUUUCAAAAAACUCCUUCAAGAUCUCAUUCAUGAUCACCAUGGCCAUAAGCCGAUCUGUGUAAUUGCAGAUAUCUUUUUUGGCUGGACUGUGGGCGUUGCUAAAGAGCUGGGUUUGUUUCAUGCAAUCUUCAGUGGGGCUGGCGGUUUUGGAUUAGCUUGUUAUUACUCUCUCUGGUUGAAUCUUCCUCACAGGAAGGCUGACUCGCUGGACUUUUCCUUGCCAGAUUUUGAACAAGCUUCCAAGAUUCAUGUUUCACAGUUGCCAAAGAACAUUCUUGAGGCUGAUCAUGUAGAAGAUCCUUGGGGGAUUUUCCAGAAGGAAAAUCUCUCAGCUUGGGUGGAUUCUGAUGGGGUUUUGUUCAACUCUCUUGAAGAAUUUGACCAGCUUGGAAUGCAGUAUUUCAGGCGUAAACUUGGUCGACCGGUUUGGCCAAUCGGACCGGUUCUUUUAACAUCGGAAAGCAGAGCAAAUUCUUCAGAGAAAGCAGAGCUUUGCCAAGAUUGGCUCAAUACAAAGCCUCCAAAUUCAGUCGUAUAUGUGUGUUUUGGGUCUAUGAAUACCAUAUCACUCUCACAGAUGAUGCAAUUGGCUAUGGCUUUGGAAGCUAGCGGCAAGAACUUCAUUUGGGUAAUUAGGCCACCAAUUGGGUUUGACAUAAAUUCAGAAUUCAGAGCCGACGAAUGGUUGCCUGAAGGAUUUGAAGAUCGGAUGAGAAGUUCAAGAAGAGGGUUACUGGUCCAUAAAUGGGCACCCCAGGUGGAGAUUUUGUCCCACAAAGCCGUUUCAGCAUUUUUGAGUCAUUGUGGGUGGAAUUCAACACUAGAGGCUCUCAGUCAUGGGGUACCAUUGCUUGGUUGGCCAAUGGCGGCCGAGCAAUUUUUCAAUGUUAUUCUGCUAGAAAAAGAGGUUGGUGUUUGCGUGGAGGUGGCCAGAGGGAAGAGCUGUGAGGUUAGGCAUGAAGAUGUAAAGGCUAAAAUUGAGUUGGUGAUGAAUGAUACAGAUAAAGGGAAUGAAAUGAGAAGGAAAGCUGGGGAAUUGAGAGUGAUGAUUAAGAAUGCCAUGAAACAUGAUAAUGUUGUUAAAGGGUCUUCUAUUAAAGCCAUGGAUGAUUUUUUUCAAUGCUGCAAAAAAGUAAAUCAAGGACAACAACAAAGAGCUUAAGAAAUGCUUCGAUAUUUCUUGUAUCAGUUGUUUUCCUUCUGUUGUGGAUUUUCACUGUUAAAAGAGUAUUUCUUGUUUGAUUCAGAUUUGCUA